AUGCAAAGUAGACAUGGAAAUCAACAACCAUCAUCUUCACGUAAAGAGCAUGCUCCUUUUCAUGAAGAUGUGAUUCAAACCAUGCACCCAGCCAUGCAUCAAGUCCAUGUGGAGAAACAGCAGCCAGGCAUUGAUAACGAAGAAGAGCGAGCCGAAGGUGUGGUAUCAUUGGAUGAGAAUGACCAAAUGCGCAGUAGUAGAAGAUUAACCAUGUCCACCCACAGAAGCAUGCUGGGUAGUGGACAUGUCGAGUCAUUAGCUGCUAAUGAGGAGUUGAGUAAUACCGCUUGUUGCAACUCUCACAUGUUGCUGCUUCAACCGCCCACCACAUCAGGAGAUACAACACACAUGCAUCAAGGCGGCAAUAUGCCAACGAGGACUAUUAUGCCACCACAACAACAUGCUUGUGAAGGUGCGCAUUUCGCACAAAAUUGGAAUGAAAAAAUUGACGCCACUACUAAUCGCGGGAAGGAAGUUUCACAACAACAACAGCAGUUGUCGACGAUGAAAGAGAAACAUCAACAAAUAGAGAAUGAUGAUCAUCCUGAAUCACAUCAUAGGGAGUUCAUGCUAGACAAUUCUAAUGAUCAGCAAACAUCAUCUCCAACAUUGACACAUGCGGAUCAGUCCACAAUAGGUUCUUCUUCUUCGACUUCUGUGCAUCAACAACAUCAUCAUUCGCAUGUGACAUUGCAACAUGCCAAAGUCAAGGUGCCAAAAUCAUCAAGAAAUAGGUCUUCAUCUAAAACAAAGAUUCAACAACAUACAAAUACAUCAUCUACAUUGCAGCAAAUGCAUCAUCAUCCCUCUUCAUCCUCUGAAGAAAACAGCACUCCAUCAGGAAGUGGUACACCAUCGCCAUUUGCCAUUGUAGAUGAAACCACAAGAACAAGAAAGAAAGUGAAAAAACAUCAUCAAUUAAUGACCACUGGUGAAACGGAGCAAAAACCUGGAAAAAUUAAGAUUUAUGCAUUUGAGCGACCGUUGAUGAAUGAAAAUGUCAAUUUCACAGAUAAUUAUUUUGUGUUAACUCCAACCAUUACAAACACAAGCAACAUGCCAAGCAGUGGUAGUAGUGGAAAUAGUAUAUCUUCAAUGACGACGUCAUCGAUUUCAGCAAGUAGUAGUAGUGAUGAACAAGCCCAACAGGCAAGUUCCACUAACGCUCUUUCUAAACCUUCCCAAAACUUGCAGUUGGUACAGCCAAGAAAGAGGACCAAAAAAUCGUCAAUGAACGAAAAACCCUCCUCAACAACCAAUCCAACACCCUCAACUCGCAGCAAUGAAGAACAGAUGUCAUCACAACAAGCACAAACCUUAAAUUCCAAUUUCAACACCCCCUCAAAUGAAACUAUUACCACGCUAGGCAACAAUAAUUUGGAUACUCCAUCAGAAAACUCCCAAAAUCAAUCAUCAUCACUGGAAGCCCAAAAAUCCGCAUUGGGAGAGUUUUUGAAACGUUUUUUGCAUUUUACUUCUUCAACGACGAACAAUAUUUUCACACAGCCAGCUCAGAAUCAGAUUUUACAAGCUCGGGGGGCAAGUAGCAGUAAUCUUUCACAACAAGCAUCAACUCAAUCUACAUCAUUUCAGGAGCCACAAGUGCAGCAGCCACUCUUACAACAAAUAGCUCCCAUGUUGAAUGUGUUGAGCGGGCUUAACACUACCAAUCAACAAGCAUCUACUGCACUUCCACCAGCAUUACCAGUUGGAGGUCAACAAGUCGAUCCGAAUGCAUUGAUUUCUAUAAUUGAUUCAAUUUUAUCCAGAGAAAUGACCAAUCGAUCCAAUCAGGAAACAAUGGUUCCACAGUCUUCCUCUGAUUCUCAACAACCAACAUCAUCAACAUUCAUUCACUCUCCUUCCUUUUCACAUCAUGACAGUAACUUGUUAAAUUCAUUCACACCCUCCAACACCACUACCAACAUUUCUAAUUUAUCAUUUUCUAACCUUAAUAAGGGCGAUCCUUGGGAAGAACAGAAGAUUUCUGACUCAACACUCUUUGGAACUGCCUUACCACAACAAGGUGACCUUCCACAGUCACAAAACUUUGGUAUGAUAUCUUCUUCUGGGCAACCACGUCAACAGGAGCAGUAUCACAAUCCAUCACAGCAACAACAGCAUGCUGUUAACGUUGUCAGUAACACUCAACAACUGUUGAUGGAAGCAUUGGCCAAUUUCGUAACACAACAACGGAAAACACAGCAAACCUUUCCAUCAACCUCUCAUUCACAACAACUUCCCCAAUUAUUAAGCUCCUCAACCACCCUAAACCCUAGUGACUUUCCCAACGAUCCUGUUUAUAACAUAUCCUUUCCUUUUGAACAAACAUCGAGGCAAUAUCAUCAUAACCCACCCACACUGAAUAUCAUGGACAUGUUUCAAUUGCUUCGACAAGCUCCAGACAACGAUCCUUUAAAGAGACUCUUCUUGCAAUGUCUAUCAAUCGUUCAGCAGCAAGAAAAGAAUAAAUAA